AUCGGGAAGGAGCGGAGCCGAGCCGAGCCGAGCCGAGCCGAGCCGAGCCGAGCCGAGCCGAGCCGAGCCGAGCCGCGCUGCAGAGGUGGGAAGGCAGUGGUAACUCACAAUGGCCCUGGCAGACAACACGGGCUGUGCCAAACCCAAUGAAGACUUCCCUUUCCCUGAGAUCAUUGAACUCAAUGUGGGUGGACAAGUCUACAUCACCCGCCACCCCACCCUGGUCAGCGUGCCUGGCUCGCUUCUCUGGGAGAUGUUCACCCAGAAGAAUGUCCACUCUCUGGCUCGCGACAGCAAGGGACGAUUCUUCGUGGAUCGGGAUGGCUUCCUCUUCCGCUACAUCUUGGAUUACAUGAGGGACCAGCAGCUGGUGCUGCCCGACCACUUCCCAGAGAGGAACCGCCUGCAGCGAGAGGCUGAAUACUUCAUGCUGCCGGAGCUUGUGAAGAUGCUGGCCCCUAAGCUCAGCAAGCAGAACUCGCUGGGAGAUGACCCAUGCCAAAGCGACCCAGAGGAGCUCUCCCCCAACACGGAUGCCACCCGCAACCUGACCUCUGCCAGUGCCAUGCUUCCCAGCGCCGUGACUGGUGGCCCUGGGGGUUCUGUCACCACUGGUGUGGGUGCCACCGGCACCGAUGUCCGCAGGGCAGGUUUCAUCACCAUUGGCUACCGGGGCUCCUACACUCUGGGCAGGGACAGCCAGACGGAUGCCAAGUUCCGCAGGGUGGCUCGGAUCAUGGUCUGUGGCAAGACAUCGCUAGCCAAGGAGGUCUUUGGAGAUACCUUGAAUGAGAGCAGGGACCCAGACAGGCCCCCGGAGAGGUACACAUCCAGGUACUACCUCAAAUUCACCUUCCUGGAGCAAGCCUUUGAUAAACUGGCCGAUGCUGGCUUCCACAUGGUGGCUUGCAAUUCCACAGGCACCUGUGCCUUCGCCCAUGACCAGACAGAUGACAGGAUCUGGACCUCUUACACCGAAUAUGUUUUCUAUCGUGAGUGACACCAAAACAAACCCCCCACAAACCAAACACCAACUCUCCCUUUCCUCUCCUGUGAUGGCUGUUGCCUAGAAGGUAGACAUCCAACCCCUGAAUCCCAGCGUCUCCCUUUGCCUCCUUUUGAGUUCAUUCUUGCAUUUUGUUCCCCAUGUUGAACCUGUUCGACUCUUCCUUGUAGCAGCUGCUGACCACCAACAUUCUUCCCUCUCUCCGACUUCUGCAGUAGCCGCUUAUAGCUCCCAACCCUCCCUGGAUGUGUGGACUUGGACACUAUCGUGCACAUGUUUCGUGUUGGAGGGGUGGGGUACACUGUGUUCUGGGCUGGGAUUCCCGCAGCUGGAUGAGCUUGUCCUUGUUGGGCACUGAACUUGGCUCUCAUGCCCUGUACGCUUUGCAGCUCCCCGGGAACACGCUGCAUACUCUGUAUUUGAUCUGUCAAAGGGUUUAAGUGAGAAAACAUUCAUUUAAGGACAUGGAGAAAAGCAGCGAGCGGAGAGGAGGGUGGGAGGGUUGGAGUGGGGGUUGAAAGAUGAAGCCUCCCAGCACAGGUAUAUUGCCAUUAGCCCAUGUAAGCAGCUUAGCGUUUAGACUGCCAGUGCCUGGGAAGGUUGGAUAAAGACUCGCCCUGUGUUUGCAGUUCUGAUUUGAGCAUCGCUGUUGCUACAGGAUGCC